GCGAUCACCACCAUAUCUCGUAUAAAAUCAAGAGCUUAGAUCUUUCUAUAAUUCUCAUAUCAUAAUAUAUAUCAAAUUUUUGUUUUUUGAGAAGGCGUUUAUAUUUGUUGAAAAGGGUUAAUAGAACAAGAGAAAAAAAAAACAGAAAAAAUGGCGGGAUUGAUGGACAAAGCGAAGAACUUUGUGGCAGAGAAGAUCGCAGAAAUGCCAAAACCAGAAGCAAGCAUAGAAGAUGUGGAUCUUGGUGGAGUUAGCAAAGAUGGUGUUACAUAUAACGCUAAAGUUGGGAUUAUGAAUCCUUAUUCUCAAUCUAUUCCCAUUUGUGAGAUCUCUUACGUCCUUAAAAGUGAUGGCAGGGUGAUAUUGUCCGGUAACAUUCCAGACCCAGGAUCGAUAGCAGGAAAGGAGACUACAAAGCUGGAUGUUCCAAUGAAGGUACCACAUAGCGUCAUUGUGAGCUUGGUGAAGGAUAUAUUCAGGGAUUGGGACAUCGAUUACGACCUCGAGUUGGGUCUCAUCAUCGACCUCCCUAUCAUCGGAAACUUUACCAUUCCCCUUCAUUCUAAGGGAGAGGUCAAGCUUCCUUCCAUCAAAGACGUCUUUGGUGGAGGAGAUGACGAGGAAAAGAAGGAAUAAAUAUGUUCUCUUGAUGUUUGAAUGAAGAAAACUACUCUUUUUUUCAUGCCUUAUUUCAUGUAGUUUUGAACCUUUUGUCCUUCACAAACUCAUUAGGACUGUUACUUACUUAAGGACUCUACCUUGUACUGUUAAUCUUACAUAAAUAACUAGUGGUAUUCUGGAUUACCCUGUAAUAAUCAAUUUGGCUUCUUAAUGUGCUUCGAUUGUUUGUCAUUAUUAA